GACACAGCUCACCGACACGCUCACCGCCGCGCUCGGCGUCCUUCUCCUCCUCCUCAUCGCUGGACACGAUGAGUGACGACUUUAUCCGCCUCGUCUCGCAGGCGAACCCUGCAGCCCGCUACCAGCCCGCCAACAACGGCUACCCUCCACCCGCCUCGCAACCCUCUGACCAGCAACUCGACCCCUUCUUUGACGAUGAAGACGAAUACGACCCACCCGACUCUGCCUUUGGUGCACCGGCCGCCAUGAAAUCGCAAGAGAGCGGCCUCCCCUUCUCUCGUGCUGGCGCCGCACCCGCAGGGCAUUCCCAGGUCACGCUGACGACCGCCGCCAUACCUCCGGACUGGUCCUUCGACGACGACGAGCCUCCUGGCUCCAAGCAAGCAGGCGCACCGGGUCCGGCGAAGGGUGCCAAACCAGCGCACAAGAGGAGGUCGUCGCGGUCGUUUGUGGGGCAGGUCAAGAAGCUGAGAUGGCCCUGGCAGAAGCGGGAUCAGGUCCUGGCUGGUGACCGCGUCGUUGCGCUCAACAACUCGGACGCCAACACAGACUUCUGCUCGAAUUACAUUUCAACGAGCAAAUAUAACAUCGUCACAUUCGUUCCCAAGUUCCUCUUCGAGCAAUUCUCUAGAUACGCUAACCUGUUCUUCCUCUUCACGGCACUCAUUCAGCAAAUACCCAAUGUAUCACCUACGAACCGCUGGACGACUAUUGGACCGCUCGCCGUGGUGCUACUGGCUUCUGCUUUCAAGGAGACUCAAGAAGACUUGAAACGACACCAAUCCGAUUCUGAACUGAACUCGAAGAAGGCGAAGGUUCUGACCCCAGAAGGGACGUUCGUCGACAAGAAGUGGAAGAAUAUUGCCGUCGGCGACGUCAUCCGCUUAGAGAGCGACGACCAUAUUCCUGCCGACCUUGUCCUGCUCUCGUCGAGUGAACCUGAGGGCUUCUGCUACAUUGAGACAUCGAACCUGGACGGCGAGACGAAUCUGAAGAUCAGACAGGCCUCCCCGCAAACGUCACACCUCACCUCCCCGCGUCUCGUUACGGCAUUGCACGGUGCGCUUCGGUCUGAACAGCCAAACAAUAGCCUGUACACCUACGAGGGUACGCUCGACUUGGUCACCGACCUCGGAGUACCGAAGCAGGUCCCGCUAGGCCCUGACCAGUUGCUCCUGCGAGGGGCUCAGAUCCGGAACACGCCAUGGGCAUAUGGACUGGUGGUAUUCACGGGGCACGAGACGAAGCUCAUGCGGAACGCAACCGCGGCACCGAUCAAACGUACGGCUGUAGAGAAGCAGGUGAACGUGCAUAUCAUAUUCCUGUUCAUCUUCCUUCUGGCGCUGUCCAUCGGGUCGACCAUUGGUGCCAGCAUUCGCGCAUGGUUCUAUUCUGCUGCGGAGUGGUAUCUCUAUGAGCAGUCGACGAUCGGUAGCAGAGCGAAGCAAUUCAUCGAAGACAUCCUCACGUUCAUUAUUCUGUACAACAACUUGAUCCCGAUCUCGCUCAUUGUCACCAUGGAAGUGGUCAAGUUCCAGCAGGCACAGUUGAUCAACUCGGACCUCGACAUGUACUACGCGAAGACGGACACGCCCGCACUCUGCCGGACGUCGUCCCUCGUGGAAGAGCUCGGACAGAUCGAGUACGUCUUUAGCGACAAGACGGGCACGUUGACGUGCAACGAGAUGGAGUUUCGACUCUGCUCCAUCGGCGGUGUCGCGUACGCGGAUGUCGUCGAUGAGAGCAGGCGUGCUGAGGGUGAAGACGGGAAAGAUGGCUGGAAAAGCUUCGCGGAAAUGCAGGCGCUCUUGAGUGGCGGGGAGAACCCCUUCGGCGAUUUCGGCUCUGCGGACACGACUGGACAGGGUCAGAAGGAGGUCCUGAACGAGUUCUUGACCCUCUUGGCGGUGUGCCACACCGUCAUCCCUGAGAUGCGAGAUGGCAAGCUUCACUAUCAGGCAAGCAGUCCGGACGAAGCAGCUUUGGUCUCCGGUGCAGAAUUGCUAGGCUACCAGUUUCACACUCGGAAACCGAAGUCCGUGUUCGUCAACAUUCAAGGGACGUCGUAUGAAUACCAGAUCCUGAAUAUCUGCGAGUUCAACUCGACCCGGAAGCGGAUGUCGACAGUCGUACGAGGCCCGGACGGUAGGAUCAAACUCUUUUGCAAAGGCGCGGAUACUGUCAUCCUGGAGCGACUGGCGGAGAACCAACCGUUCACCGAGAAGACUCUCGUACAUCUAGAGGACUACGCGACGGAGGGUCUGCGGACGCUCUGCAUCGCCUCUCGCGUGAUCCCUGAGGCGGAGUACCGGCAGUGGUCUACGAUCUAUGAACAGGCUGCGGCAACCCUCAACGGUCGUGGUGAUGCGCUUGACCGAGCCGCAGAGCUCAUCGAGAAGGACAUGCUCCUCCUUGGGGCGACUGCUAUCGAGGACAAAUUGCAGGACGGUGUGCCUGAUACCAUUCACACUCUACAGAUGGCCGGUAUCAAGGUCUGGGUUUUGACGGGUGACAGGCAGGAGACUGCGAUCAACAUCGGCAUGUCAUGCAAGCUCAUCUCGGAGUCGAUGAACUUGAUUAUUGUCAAUGAGGAGACGAUGCUGGACACGCAAGAGUUUCUCUCGAAGCGGCUAUCUGCCAUCAAGAGUCAACGGAGUACUGGAGAGCUCAGCGAGCUUGAGGAUCUGGCGCUGAUCAUCGAUGGGAAGAGUCUCGGGUUUGCGCUCGAGAAGGAGAUCUCGGGCCAGUUUCUGGAGCUCGCACUGAUGUGUAAAGCCGUCAUCUGCUGUCGUGUCUCGCCGCUGCAGAAAGCACUGGUUGUGAAGCUUGUGAAGAAGAACCAGAAGUCAAUUCUCUUGGCAAUUGGCGAUGGCGCAAACGAUGUCAGUAUGAUUCAAGCGGCCCACGUUGGCGUCGGUAUAUCUGGUCUCGAGGGUCUGCAAGCCGCCCGUUCCGCGGAUGUAGCGAUCUCUCAGUUCCGGUUUCUCAAGAAACUGCUGCUCGUGCACGGGUCGUGGAGCUACCAGCGAUUGUCAAAGCUUCUCCUUUACUCGUUCUACAAGAACAUCGUUCUGUACAUGACGCAAUUCUGGUACUCGUUCUUCAACAGCUUCUCGGGCGAAAUUGUGUACGAGUCGUGGACCCUCUCCUUGUACAACGUUGUCUUCACCGUCCUCCCGCCCUUCGUUAUCGGUGUUUUCGAUCAGUUCGUCUCCGCCCGAAUACUGGACAGGUAUCCGCAGAUGUACAUGCUCGGUCAGCGCAAUGCGUUCUUCACCAAAACGGCGUUUUGGCUCUGGGUCGCUAAUGCACUGUACCACAGCGUUAUCCUGUUCGGCUUCUCCGUCAUUCUCUUCUGGGGUGAUCUGAAGCAGUCGUCGGGCCUUGACUCUGGACAUUGGUUCUGGGGAACGAUGCUGUACAUGGCUGUCCUGCUUACAGUCCUAGGGAAGGCUGCUCUCAUAUCAGAUCUGUGGACGAAGUAUACCGUUGCAGCAAUCCCUGGAUCGUUCGUUUUUGCUAUGGUCUUCUUGCCUCUAUACGCUGUCGUUGCUCCCGCUAUCGGUUUCUCGACCGAGUAUUAUGGUCUGGUGCCUCGGUUAUGGACCGACGCAGUCUUUUAUUUUAUGCUGGUCCUUGUCCCGGUAUUCUGUCUUACGCGAGACUUUGCAUGGAAAUACUACCGGCGUACAUAUCGGCCCGAAACGUACCAUAUCGCGCAGGAGAUCCAAAAGUACAACAUUCCCGACUAUCGACCACGGCAAGAACAAUUCCAGAAGGCGAUCAAGAAAGUGCGAGCUGUACAGCGCAUGCGGCGGAACCGAGGGUUCGCGUUCAGUCAAACGGAGAAUGCUGCGCGUCAAGACCAGGCGCGGUUGAUCAGAGCGUACGACACGUCGCGGACGGGUGCACGACCUUCAGGAUAUUAGUUGUUGUGAUCUUUUCCGUAUGUUACGAUGGGACAAUGUAUUGUACACUUAUUGCAACUAUUAGCUAAUGCGUGGAGUGACAGGCAUCCGAAAAUCUCAAUGGACUCGGCGACUUGAGCGAGGCAAGACGUGAAGAGUGCCGUGAUGGAGGACUUGGGUGGGCAGCACCUCUCUUUGUACGCCUUUUCCUUACCGAGUGGAAGCACGCUAGAAAUAGUGAUCGAGGCUCCGGAUGCGUUUGGAUUUGAGCUCGGUUGAUACAAUUCGUCGCCACAUCUUAUUGACCAUGCGUGUAGGAUUGUUCUCUCCAAGUUGUACUCCGCUCAGCGCUUGGGCAGCGAGAGCCGACCUUCUACAUGAAAGUACUCUGAAUCAGCGUUGCAGUGAAAAUAAUGCGUGCGUUCGACAGCUAGAUAUGGAUAUUGCAGGUUGAUGGCUCCAGGGCGCGUAGAGUUCAC